AUGCUUCCUUCGCUCUUCUCCACCCACGUGCAGUGUUCCCGAGGUAAACGCUCCAAUUGCAUUGCUGUGCCACGGCCAAUUGAUUCUGCAAAGAGACUGGCACUUGAAAUAGGGGAGGAUUCCUUGGCUUUCUCUCACGGCAACGGCGAGCCUGAGGGCGGUGGCAUUCAAGAAGAAAGGUCCUGUGGUUUAGCGUUAGGAGGCAGACCACCUAGGAGCAACUGCAGUCGCGAAGGGUGGCCCCUCCCUCAACGGCAUCAGCAGCACUCAGGCGAUUCCGCUGUAGCCCAGGGCACCUGGGGCGCCUGUAGCAGCGCUGUUUCCACUACUCCACCGAAGGCGCGCACCAGACCUGUCGAAAGAGCGCUGCAGAUAUCUCGUAUGCGUCGUCUCGCAAAGAUGGAAGGGUCACGGCAGUCCCAGCGGACCCCUGAAGAGGUCGAGCUGGCGCUGGAGGUGCUAAACGAUGAACUGGCUGGAGCCUCUCCGUUAGACCGUCCUUCGCUUGAACUCGCGACACAGGCGCUGACAGACCGUCUUGUGGAGCUGCGGAAACAACAGAGGGAGUCACGGAACCCUGCUGAUGCAGCAGAAACAAACAAACAGAGCACGCACGAAUAUUCCUCCUCCCUGCAGGCCGUCAUCUUGGGGGAUGGCAGACAGAAGUACACGCUGAUUAAAAUACCAAAACAGGACGAUAUGCGCGGAGAUAUCUAUCUCGUGCGUGGAGACCCCAAGGCCGAAUACCACUACCAAACAGCGCUCGAUACGCUGAAUGCUCUUCAGUCGAGGAACAUCUUGUCAGACGUCACGGGGGGAGGCCGCAUGGACGUGCUGCGCGCUGAGAAGAAGGUGGAGAUCUACGGAUAUUCAUAUCAGUACGGAGCGGCGGACCAUUCAAUCACGGCAAAGAUGGUUAAGGAGUACUUGGGUGACGAGUUCAUCGUUUCGUUUGGCAACUACGGCUAUUAG